GCAUCAUUUCCAAAUUCAAACUUGAACCAAAUUAGCAAACAACCCUUAGUCUCUUAAAACAACUUCUUGAAGGAAGAAGAAGAAGAGAAGAGAGGAUGAAUAUGAAUUGGUCAGGGGGUGAUUGGAUGUGUGGUGUUUGUGAACAUGUAAACUUCAAGAAAAGAGAAGCUUGUCAAAGAUGUGGAUACCCAAAAUAUGGUGGCCCUGACCCAUCAGCAUAUGAUCAAUACAUUCAUUCUAAAACAGAUGAAGUUUUGGCUGGUGAUUGGUAUUGCAAUUGUGGAGCUCAUAAUUAUGCUAGUAGAUCAACUUGUUAUAGAUGUAAUGCUUAUAAGACUCUUGAUGUUGGUGCUUUGCCUGGUUGGAAAUCUGGGGAUUGGAUUUGCACUAGAAUAGGAUGUGAAACUCACAAUUAUGCUAGCAGAAUGGAAUGCUAUAAAUGCAAAGCUCCAAGGGAUUUUGGAGGAGCUGUUUGAAAUAACUAAGGAAGCUGAUUUUGGAAGAAUUGUUUGGUGAUGCAAAAUAUUUGGCCAACUUACAAGCUUCUAGCAUCUGAUGCCCUCCAAUUUGCUUCUUUGCUUUUUUUUGUUUUUUCUUUUCUUUAGAUUGGGACUUAAUGCAUGAAAAGCUCAAGAAUUCCCAUUCUUAAUUAAUAUCACUUUUAAACUAAUUAAUUAGAAUUAUACACUUUAAUUUGUUGUCACUCUCUCUUUACUAAACUUCAAGAGGUCUUAUUCUUGAUUCUUGGGCCACCAACCAAGGGCUUUGAAUUAUGCCAAAGAGAUAGAAGUGUAAUAAGAUAGAAUAAUAUUAUAGCUUUGAGAUUCAAGAAUCAACUUUCCAAUAAUGCACUCAAAAAGAA